GGCAGAUGGGGAGAUGGCUCCCCAUCUUCCCCCCCAGGCACAAAUGGAGUUUGGGGGGGUACAUCCGGCCUAGCCAUGGCAAGCUUCUUGCAACCCCAGACCUGCCAGGCAGCCAUGCCAGGCCUGGGUCCCAGCUGAGGGGCUGGUUUGGGGGCUGCCCCUGCAGGCAAGCUGCCCAGGCUCUCCCCUUUGGCCUCGGGCUGCUCGGCCUCCAUCUUGGUGGUGGUCAUUCAGGGCAAAAGGUCAAACUGCCCAGCCAGGAUUCCGGCCUCUUUACUGGACCCAGUGCAGCAGGUCAAUGGAGGACAGUCCGAGCUUCCAAGAGAAGAGGAGAAUCCAAUCCCAUGAUUCAAAAAGCACUUUUCAGACGAUCAUAAUGUUGCCCCAAAGGAAGAACUGGAAGUCCAUGUGUAAAGGCCUCGUCCUGGGAACUCUUCUCACCAGCUUCAUGCUGGUUCUGUAUUCGUACGCUGUACCACCUUUGCAAGUCAGCAUGACAGAGAUUCCCAUCCCUUAUUCAUGCUCGUCCUACCGCACCCAGGCCCGGCUCUCGGCUUCAGGGAACAGCAGCCAGGGCUCACCGGGAGAAAAAUGCCUCCCCAAACGAAACAUCAUGUUCAUGAAGACCCACAAAACAGCCAGUAGCACCCUCCUCAAUAUCCUCUUCCGUUUUGGGGAGAAGCACCGCCUCAAGUUCGCCUUCCCCAACGGACGUAAUGAUUUCUACUACCCGUCUUUCUUUGACCGAAACCAGGUAAAGGGAUAUCAGCCCGGCGUGUGCUUCAACAUCGUGUGUAACCACAUGCGCUUUCAGUACGAGGAAGUGCGCAAGCUGCUGCCGGCCGACGCCGUGUUCGUGACGGUGCUGCGGGAUCCGGCCUACCUCUUUGAGUCUUCUUUCCAUUACUUUGGGGGCGCCAUUCCUUUGACCUGGAAAGUGUUGGGAGACGACAAGCUGGCUGAAUUCCUGAGGGACCCUUGGCAUUACUACGACCCGAAAGGGUUCAACGCGCACUACCUCCAGAAUCUCCUUUUCUUCGACUUGGGCUAUGACAACAAUAUGGACCCCAACAGUCCUCUGGUGGACCAGUACAUUCGUGAGAUCGACGGACGCUUCCAUCUGGUCAUGCUUCUGGAGUACUUCGACGAAUCUCUGGUGCUUCUGAAGGACCUGUUGUGUUGGGAGCUGGAAGACAUUCUCUACUUCAAGCUCAACACCCGCAACGGGUCCACCGUCUCGAAGCUGACCGACGAACUCUACCAAAAAGCCACGGUUUGGAAUCUCCUAGACGCCAAGCUCUACCAGUACUUCAACGCCACGUUCUGGCACAAAGUGGAAGCCUACGGGAAGGCCAGGAUGGCGAAGGACGUCGCCAGGCUGAACGAAGAGAACGAGAAGAUGAAGAGCAUCUGCAUCGACGGAGGCCGCCCCGUGGACGCCAACUCGAUCCAGGAAUCCGCCAUGCAGCCCUGGCAGCCCCUGGGCAAGAAAUGCAUCCUGGGCUACAAUUUGAAAAAAAAGAUUCACAAAAAGCAUCGGAAACUUUGCCGCAAAAUGCUGACCCCCGAGAUCCAAUACCUGAUGGACCUCGGGGUCAACCUGUGGAUCACCAAGCUAUGGAGCUGGGUGAGGAAGUUUUUGAAGUGGUAAGAAGGUGAGCCCCCCCCCCCGGCCAUGUGCCAAGCACCCUUCUCUCCGCUCUUUUGGUUCCUUCCCUUUCCAUUCUCUUCUUAUACCGGUUGGUCAGGCCCACGCCAAACUCAACUUUGUGGCCAACGACUAACGGGAGAACGAUCUCGAGAAUAAAGUGUUCCCAAAGGUGAAUUUAAAAAAAAGGGGGGGGGGAUGGGUGACUAAGGCUUGUAACCAAGGUAGGGAGAAAAGGCGCUGUACACCUACGACUCAAUUUUUGGCUGGACUUUCGGGAAGAAGAAAGUAAAACGGACGCCAAUGGCUCUCAGGUCCUCUUCACCAACCUGCAUUCUAGCUCUCGGUGGCCGCUCUGCUGUUUUAACCUCCCCGAUGAGCACAGUGAAAACCAAACCAAGAAACUCACAGCCACUGCAGUAUUUGGCCACUCGGAAUCUCAUGCCUCUCUCGUAGUCAAACUCUCGCGGGCCGCAAUCGUCAAGAGUACACUAGAAAACAGUUUGGCAGAUUAGGGAAGCGAGUGUGUGAAGAAGAUAGCGAAGAAGAUAAUGUGCUGGUACAUCGUUUCUUUUUCUUUGUGAGUAGUAGGACUGGACGCCCAUUUCCCCAGAGGCGAAUCGAACAGGUAGUUUGCCCCCGAACCAUGGUAAACAGCGAGAACUUCAGAGCAGUAUAGUUUUUCGUGUACGUCGAGCAGAUCUGCCCUCAAUGCUUAAAGCCAUUAUCAUCCCCUCGGACCUCUCUUUGAGUACUGUAAUUUUCUGCUUGAAAUUUUGGGGCACCAAAAUCCUAGUUUUUCAGGAUGCUUUGCCGAGAGAGAAGCCACAGCGCUGAAUUUGGAAUCGCUGUUUCAGUUUUAGUAGCGUAGCGGUGCCCGUGUGAAACUUAAGUAUUUACAGUGAGUUGUGAAAUGUGUUAUUUCUGUAACAUGUGCGUACAUAAAUUCCCACGUUGAACCACC